AUUAGGCAAGUCGCUGCUAUAGACAUUACUUAGAUGCUGGCCACCUAGGUAUUCAUCUCUUCUGGUGACGGACUCUCGUAUAUGUUGACAUUAUUAAGAAAGUCAUGGUGGAAUAAUAUAUCAAUAAUGUACGGGAACUGGCGUGUUUGGCACUUGGAAAUAAUUUGGUACAUGGCAUACUGAGUAAGGGUAACCUCCAUCGCCUCAGUAGUACAAUUUCACAUUCGACAGAGAAGGGGUGAAGUAUCAAAGGAAGGGAAGAGAGGCGCCACACAGAAGUGGCCUUAGAAGCGUUGGCCAAGCAAACUCUUCUCGGUCAAAAGACUUGUUUGGAGACCGUAUCAUGGACUCCUCGGAUGAUCCCUUUGAUGACCUCCUGAACCUAGAGGAGAAAUACUAUCGGGAUGGGUACGAAGAGGGACUGGAAGAUGGUGUUGAGGCCGGCAGGAUAGAAGGAUACUCCCUCGGCCUGAGAAAAGGCUUUGAGAAGUUCGCCGAGGCUGGCCGUCUGCAGAGCAAGGCCAUAGUCUGGGCGAACCGGAUACCAAAGUACCAGCAGAGGCGACAGCGUCAACAAGACAGCACUUCAGAACAACAGGGCCUGGCUGAAAAUGCUGAAAAUAAGGGAAAGGAAAGUGAGAUAUCUGAAAGUGGCGCUAGACGGCUACCGCCUGUUCAAUCCAACUCACGCCUAGAAAAGAAUAUCGAGAUGCUCUAUGGCCUUGUAGAGCCUGGGACCCUGUCUACCAAUAAUGAUGACGAGUCGGUUAAUGAUUUCGAUAGCCGAGUGAAGGGUGCCCAUGGAAAGCGAAGGAUCAUUGAGCGCGUCAUAAGAGAAGGGACAAAUGGCCGGCAUCCCACUGCGUUUUCGCCUCCUUCGCUGAAGAAUGACAACAUUGAAGACAUUGGCAAAAUACAAUCUACUCCUGAGGCGAAGUCGACAACAACCUAGCAGUUCGGAUUCCAAUAAGUCAACUGCUACAAAAUCGGGCGAGUUAUAGAAUAGCUAGCGAUCCCUUUAAGGCUAAUAGCCUAACCUCAUAAUAGCACCCAGAGCCGGAAAUUACACAACAUUGAACUCACCCUCACUACCUGGAGGACUCGUAGAAGAUCUGAUCAUGUCAAUAGAUGCAAAGCUCGAGUUGCCUAGGGAAUCUAAGGUACAAAAAUC